AUGCGCGUGUGCGCUACACCAACCAGCCCCACCCCUUUUUACAAGCAGAUGAUGGCCACGUCGUGUUUACAGGCCUCUGAGCACCGAGCCAGGUGGACGUGGGAGGAUGGAGUGCAGGGAGAAGAUGGAGAAUGGACGGAGAAGCCUUCGCUCGUACUGACAAAAGCAACAAGUACAAGAAGGCGGUUACGGCGACACAGUCUGGCCUCAUCUGUCGGAUCCGGUUCGACUAGUACUACGGGCUUCGGAGGUUUGAGUCUGCACGGCACGACGCUGCAUGGAGGGUCCUUCCCUCGGCUGGAGGCGAUGAGGAAAGCAGAUGAAGCGCGUACGGUCACGCUGGAAGACGUCAAAGCUGUUGCAGUGAGGUACAUUAGCACGGGUUUGCUAGAGAAAAUGAAAAGGUCCACUGUAGUCACUUUCGACGAGUUUUACAGAACUGAUGCAAUGAACCAGUUUCUCUGGAGUGUCCUUCUCUACCACAAUGCCUUUACCAUGCACGAGGAAGCCAGUAGCGAUGAAAAUAUUAAAGUACCAGGGGCACUGGGUGAAGAAGCUCGCAAGGCUCUGAGAAUGGCAGAGGAGGAGCUGGAUCAAGCCAGUGUUAACCUCGGAGAGCAGUACUCCAGGCUCAACACAGGACAGAGCCAUGCAAGUCUCCACCAUACCUGCAAGGGAAGUCUCAGGGCAUCAAGAACUCACAGAGACCAACACCUCUACGAGGUUAUCUAUGAGUUUGCGAUGUUUGUGACGUGGAUCACAUUUGGCUACAAGGACUGGAACAGCAUACACAAAGAGUUGGGCAGGUUGUUUAAGACACAAGCGUUCAAUAGAGAUGUGAGAGUUCGGGGAGAAGCAACUACCGGGUUUUUUGAAGAGCUAGGAUGUAAGAUGGACAGAAAGAGCGAUGAAUAUCUUUCCUACAGGGUGUUCUAUGACCGUCCUCCACGAGGAAAUCUUAGAGAUCUUCGGUCUCCUGCCCUCAAAAGCUACUUUGCGUCACCCAAGGAGAGACACAUGUGGGCAUUUGAACCUCCGUAUCACCCAAAAAGGUUGGACUCAACUAUCUUACUGCAAAAUAAUGUCUUUUGGCACAGCAAAAGGGAGGCCCCUAUGCCAACUAGUGAAAGGCCUCCAGAGAAAUUAGGAGUUAUUGGUGAACAAAUGUCAAAGGUCAAUCCUGACAACUUGAGAUACAAGGAAGAAGAGGAGGAUGAAGAUGAAGAGGAGGGGGAGGGGGAAGAUGGGGAGGGAGAAGAUGAUUUCAUCCCAGACACUGGUUCCGUCAUGACCUGUGACUCAGAACACCAGGACUGA